AUGAAUGUACUUCUCUUUCUUUCACAUCCUCUAGUAAAAGCGAUCCCCAAAUUAGACCUUAGAUCUGUUGUAUCGGUGGACAGAGCAGGUGUGCUGAUCCUGAGCUGCAGUGCUGUUGGGUUCUACCCUCGAGAUGUGACCCUAUCCUGGGAUUCCUCCUCUCCUGGACUCCCCUCCUCCACACAGCAGGGACCCCCCACAGUAAACCAGGACGGCAGCUACAGCACCAGCACCAGCCUGCAGGUUAAUGAGACACUGUGGAGCCCGGGGACUGAGAUCAGCUGUGUACUCAACCACUCCUCUCUGGCGCAGCCACUGAGGGAGUUCAUCAGGAGAGGAGAGGUCCAGCUCACAGUGGGCUCUGUCAAUGAGAGCAGCGGUCUGCUGAUCCUGAGCUGUAGUGCUGUUGGGUUCUACCCUCGAGAUGUGACCCUAUCCUGGGAUUCCUCCCCUCCUGGACUCCCCUCCUCCACACAGCAGGGACCCCCCACAGUAAACCAGGAUGGCAGCUACAGCACCAGCACCAGCAUGCAGGUUAAUGAGGCACUGUGGAGCCCGGGAACUGAGAUCAGCUGUGUACUCAACCACUCCUCUCUGGCACAGCCCAGCAGGAAAGGAAUGAGAAAACCCAUCAACAAAAAAACAAUCAUGUUCAAUCAGUAUCUCUACACCCUCCUCUUACCUGCCCUACUCCUUCCGUGCUGCGUGUAUCUCCUGAUGAAGGCUCUGAGGAAUCGUCAGGCUGCAGAUCCUGCUUCCUGUGGUGAUAAAGAGAUGGGUAAAGAGGAGGACGGUGGGCUGCACUACGCCUCAGUCACGCACAGGCACAGGAAACAGCAGAAGCAGCGGAAGCAGCGGAGAAUGAAGAGAACAGCCCUGGAGGAUGGGAAGCAGGCGGUGUAUUCGGCUGUGAGGGGGAGGGAAGGAGCCGCUGCAGCGAGUGAAGACAGUCUCCAGUACGCCUCCCUCGAUCUGCACAGCAUUCCCAGGAGGACUGCUAAUGAGGAGGACCAGCAAUGCACUGUGUACGCUUCAGCGGCAAACAGACCCUAACAUACAUCCAUAACUAUUACACAGUCAGGGCUGCAUUAGAAUGCACUCUGUACACUUGAGUGACAAACAGACCCUAACAUACAUCCAUAACUAUUACACAGUCAAAUAGCAAUAGCAAAAAAAACACAAUGGCACAAAUGUAUAAUAACUGCAUUGCAAAAGCAAAGCAGCCCCAUACAAUCAAUGAGACAAACAUAUCGACAGACAGACAGGCAGACAGGCACAGGCAUAGAAAGACAAACAGACCUGAAAAGGCAGACAGACUAUAUCCCUUAUAACUGACUGUAAACAAUAGCAAAACAAUAAAUAAAACAAUGGCAAAAGUGUAUAAUAACUGUAUUGCAAAAGCAAAGCAGCCCCAUACAAUUGAGAUAGACAUAUAGGGGUAGAUUUUCAAAGACGACUAAGGACUUUAGACGGGUGUAACUCAGAUUUUUAGAUGUUUGAACAGGGGUCUAGUGUAAGAGCGAUUUUAGAAGACAUCACAGUCUGUGUGAUCAAUCAGUGCUAUGGAACAAAUGUUGCUCGGAAAAAAAAGGAACAAGAAUUUAUCUUCAAACUGGGAACUUUGGAACCUCUGGGUAUAGAAUGAACAUUCUAUUCUAAUAAUCAUGACACCAUCCACAGAAUUUUUGUAUAAUUACAAUUCUUGAAAAACAAGUUUACUGCACUGU